UGAGACAGCAGGUACUCUGAGCAAAUGGUGAGAGCAGAGGAGGAAUUAUGACACUCCUUCAAAAGAAUGAAUUAAACGUGCCUCCGCGUGUGUCUGAUUGACAGGCCUCUUGGGGGAAAGGGCGUAUAAAGGAGCUGGUCACUGCCCGGAGGCAGGAAAAUCUUCUGCUGUCUGCAGCCUCCCUGGCCAGGUCCCUUCUGAGGACAGACUUAGAAUACUGACAUCGGCCAUCAUUCAUUUUCAAACACACAAGGUCACGUGUGAGCAAACUUCCCAGUGACGUUCAGCCUGCAGCUGUGUGCUCAUCACGCACGAGACUGGUUCUUUCCUGAGUGACACGGUGCAGGCAGGAUGCUUUGGGCACUGGCCCUGCUCGCUCUGGGCUUGGGUCCAAGAGCUUAUGCUGGUGACCAGGGUGAAGACGCUUCAUUUGACCUUUUCAGCAUCAGCAACAUUAACCGGAAGACCAUCGGUGCCAAGCAGUUCCGAGGGCCCGACCCUGGGGUUCCCGCUUACCGUUUUGUGCGUUUUGACUACAUCCCCCCAGUGAAGACAGAUGACCUCAGCAGGAUUGUCGAGCUUGCAAGAAGAAAGGAGGGUUUCUUCCUCACAGCCCAGCUGAAGCAGGACCGCAAGUCUCGGGGCACACUCCUGGUGUUGGAAGGCCCCGGCACCUCCCAGAGGCAGUUUGAGAUUGUGUCCAAUGGCCCAGGGGAUACCUUGGACCUCAACUACUGGGUAGAAGGCACCCAGCACACCAACUCCCUGGAGGAUGUGGGCCUGUCUGACUCCCAGUGGAGAAAUGUAACUGUGCAGGUGGCCAGUGACACCUACAGCCUGUACGUGGGCUGCGAUCUCAUUGACAGCGUCACCUUGGAAGAGCCAUUCUAUGAGCAGCUGGAAGCAGACAGAAGCAGGAUGUAUGUGGCCAAAGGUGCAUCCCGAGAGAGCCACUUCAGGGGAUUGUUGCAGAAUGUCCAUCUUGUGUUUGCAGAUUCUAUAGAAGAUAUUCUAAGCAAGAAGGGCUGUCAACACAGCCAGGGAGCGGAAGUCAACACCAUCAGUGAGCAUACAGAAACACUCCACCUGAGCCCUCAUAUCACCACAGACCUGGUGGGCCAGGGUGUGGAGAAGACACAGGAAGUGUGCACUCACUCCUGUGAGGAGCUGAGCAACAUGAUGAAUGAACUGUCUGGGUUGCAUGUCAUGGUGAACCAGCUGAGCAAGAACCUGGAGAGAGUGUCCAAUGACAACCAGUUCCUUUUGGAGCUCAUCGGAGGCCCCGUGAAGACAAGAAACAUGUCAGCCUGUGUGCAAGAGGGCCGAAUCUUUGCAGAAAAUGAAACUUGGGUUGUAGACAGCUGUACCACGUGCACCUGCAAGAAAUUUAAAACAGUGUGUCAUCAAAUCACUUGCUCACCGGCCACUUGCGCCAACCCGUCUUUUGUGGAAGGCGAGUGCUGUCCGUCCUGUUCCCACUCUUCAGACAAUGGUGAGGACUGGUCUCCGUGGGCAGAGUGGACCGAGUGUUCUGUCACCUGUGGCUCUGGGACCCAGCAGAGAGGCCGGUCUUGUGAUGUCACCAGCAACACCUGCCUGGGCCCCUCCAUUCAGACAAGGGCAUGCAGCCUGGGCAAAUGUGAUACCAGAAUCCGGCAGAAUGGUGGCUGGAGUCACUGGUCACCCUGGUCUUCGUGCUCCGUGACGUGUGGGGUUGGCAACGUCACUCGCAUACGUCUCUGCAACUCUCCAGUACCCCAAAUGGGUGGCAAGAGCUGCAAGGGCAGCGGCCGGGAGACCAAGGCCUGCCAGGGUACACCAUGCCCGGUUGAUGGCCGUUGGAGCCCCUGGUCCCCUUGGUCGGCCUGUACAGUCACCUGUGCUGGAGGGAUCCGUGAACGGACACGUGUUUGCAAUAGCCCGGAGCCUCAGUAUGGAGGGAAGGAUUGUGUGGGGGAUGUGAAGGAACAUCAAAUGUGCAACAAGAGAAGCUGCCCUAUCGAUGGAUGUUUAUCCAACCCAUGUUUUCCUGGAGCCAAGUGCAACAGCUUCCCUGAUGGGUCCUGGUCCUGUGGCUCCUGCCCAGUGGGCUUCCUGGGCAAUGGCACCCACUGUGAGGACCUAGAUGAGUGCGCUGUGGUCACAGAUAUCUGCUUCUCAACCAACAAAGCCUCCCGCUGUGUCAACACCAACCCUGGCUUCCACUGCCUGCCUUGUCCCCCUCGCUACAAGGGGAGCCAGCCCUUCGGGGUCGGCCUGGAGGCUGCUCAAACAGAGAAACAAGUGUGCGAGCCGGAAAAUCCCUGCAAGGACAAGACCCACAACUGCCACAAGCAUGCAGAGUGCAUCUACCUGGGCCACUUCAGUGACCCCAUGUACAAGUGUGAGUGCCAGACUGGCUAUGCCGGUGACGGGCUCAUCUGUGGGGAGGACUCAGACCUGGAUGGCUGGCCCAACAGCAACCUGGUGUGUGCUACCAAUGCCACCUAUCACUGCAUCAAGGACAACUGCCCCAAGCUGCCAAAUUCUGGGCAGGAGGAUUUUGAUAAAGAUGGAAUUGGAGAUGCUUGUGAUGAGGACGAUGACAAUGACGGUGUGAGCGAUGAGAAGGACAAUUGCCAGCUUCUCUUCAAUCCCCGUCAGCUAGACUACGACAAGGAUGAGGUCGGAGACCGCUGCGAUAAUUGCCCUUACGUGCACAACCCAGCACAGAUCGAUACGGACAACAACGGUGAAGGGGAUGCAUGCUCUGUGGACAUCGAUGGUGAUGAUGUAUUCAACGAAAGGGACAAUUGUCCCUACGUCUACAACACUGACCAGAGAGACACGGACGGCGACGGCGUGGGUGACCACUGUGACAAUUGCCCCCUGAUGCACAACCCCGACCAGACGGAUGUGGACAAUGACCUCGUUGGAGAUCAGUGCGACAACAACGAAGACAUAGAUGAUGACGGCCACCAGAACAACCAAGACAACUGCCCGUACAUCUCCAACUCCAAUCAGGCUGACCAUGACAAUGACGGCAAGGGUGACGCUUGUGACUCUGACGACGACAAUGAUGGUGUUCCAGAUGACAGGGACAACUGCAGACUUGUCUACAACCCAGACCAGGAAGACUCAGAUGGCGAUGGCCGAGGCGAUAUCUGUAAAGAUGACUUUGACAAUGACAGCGUCCCAGAUAUUGACGACGUGUGCCCCGAGAACAAUGCUAUCACUGAGACAGACUUCAGGAACUUCCAGAUGGUCCCUCUGGAUCCCAAGGGAACUACACAAAUCGACCCCAACUGGGUAAUUCGUCACCAAGGCAAAGAGUUGGUGCAGACAGCGAACUCAGAUCCUGGCAUUGCUGUAGGUUUUGAUGAGUUUGGGUCUGUGGACUUCAGCGGCACAUUCUACGUCAACACCGACCGGGAUGAUGACUAUGCCGGCUUCGUCUUUGGCUAUCAGUCAAGCAGCCGCUUCUAUGUGGUGAUGUGGAAGCAAGUUACCCAGACCUACUGGGAAGACAAGCCAAGUCGGGCUUACGGCUACUCUGGCGUGUCACUCAAAGUGGUAAACUCCACGACUGGUACCGGCGAGCACCUGAGGAACGCCCUUUGGCACACAGGGAACACAGAAGGCCAGGUGCGCACGCUAUGGCAUGACCCCAAAAACAUUGGUUGGAAAGACUAUACCGCCUACAGGUGGCACUUGACUCACAGGCCUAAGACAGGCUACAUGAGAGUCUUAGUGCAUGAAGGAAAGCAAGUCAUGGCUGAUUCAGGACCAAUCUAUGACCAAACCUAUGCUGGUGGACGGCUGGGCCUGUUUGUAUUCUCCCAAGAAAUGGUCUACUUCUCGGACCUUAAGUAUGAAUGCAGAGAUGUCUAGAGAGCAAGGCUACAGUUCCAUCAAUGUGCUACAAACACUGUCUCCUAGACAAGUCCAUCGGUCCAUCUUGAUACAUGCAGCUUCUCUCUCUUUCGGCAUUUCCUGUUUCUUGACCUUAACUCAGUGGAUCUUCACCUCCUUCAUCAGCACCAAGUCCAAGUGCCUUCAAAUGACAAGCGAUCAAGGGAGCUGCACGAUGAGCAUCUAGCCUGCUACUGGGAGAAGUUUGACGAGCUAUGAGACUCUCUGUGGAGUGAAAACCAAGCGUGUUGCUGCAUUGCCUUUCCUUGUUUGUUUAAAAAAAAAAAAAGAAUGACGUUUACAUGUGAAAUGUAAUUACUUGCAGUAUUUAUGUGUAUAUGGAGUCGAAGGGAAUAUUGUGUAUAAGUCAUUCUCAUAAAUUAAGCAUGAAAAAUA